AUGGAAGGUGAGUUCGGUCUUCCAUACGCCGACAUCACCUCCAUGUGGACAAGACUGCGCAUUGCCACUAGAAGGCUUCAGAAACGCAUUAACAUUUCCUGGAUUGUAGGACCCGGCGACUUGCCUACUAUCAUUGCUGGCACCACCACCAUUCGAGUCAACGACUGCCAGAAAGUUCUGUGUGGACUCAUGAAGCAGCAUUUCCUCAACAGACUUCAAUCUAAGCCCGAUCAAGGAAAGGCUUAUGGGGUAACAGCUACCAGUUCGGCAAGCAACCACUUCCUUAACAAUGGUAAAUAUACCAGCUUUGCCGACUGGUACUUCAUUCACCGUGCCCGCAUGAGCGUUGUGGCCCUCCGUGGCCACAAGCGCUUCGGCAAUGAUACCAAACAAUGCAGACGCUGUGGGCAUACUCCUGAGACUCUGGCCCAUGUUAUUUGUCAUUGCCCGCCCAACCUCACUGCGAUAACCCACCGCCACAACGCUAUCCUUGACAGGCUUGUGGCCGCCUUCAAGCCUGGCGACGCAAAGGUUCUGGUAAACCAAUGUGUACCAGGCUUUAACGACAACUGCCGCCCGGACUUGGUCGUCAUCCACGAACAGUCCAAAUCUGUUACUAUCGUGGAUGUGACGACCCCUUUCGAGAACGGCCCAACUGCAUUUCAACUGGCACGUAAAGAGAAACUUAGAAAAUAUGAUGCAGUUGCCCGCCAUUUCCGUCACGAAGGCUAUGACACGCACAUUAGCGCGUUCAUAGUCGGAGCCUUGGGUGGCUACGACCACUCGAACGAAGCCACAUUACAACGGCUUGGGAUCAGUCGUAGCUACUCAAGGCUAAUGAGGAAGCUGAUGGUGAGUGAUGCGAUCAGGUGGAGUGCGGACAUCUACAGAAGGCACAUCGGAGACCACCGACAGCGAGUACAACAACGAUCAGCACCACUCCCGUCCAACAACUACCGAACCCACUUCUCACAAGCUAACAGCCCUUCAGUGCCGUGA